AUGUUAUUCCUCUCUUUGUUCUCCAAAUCAGACACCUGGAUUCAGAUUAUAGUUCUGGCGGUAAAUUAUUAUUUGAGAAAUAAAAUCAAAAAAUUCACUGGAUCCUUUCAUGAUUUAGACGAAGAAGGCAAAGGUGCCGAUAUAGAUGGAAAACCACCUCAAUUUGACCUUCCCAUGACCCAUGUAAUCGUUGACUCAAAUGAUGCGACUGACCAAAAAGCGGUACAAGAAGAGAAGGAUUCCAUCCGGACAGAAUUGAAAGAUAACUUCAAUGACGGUGAAGAUUUAGUACUAAAAGAUGCCAUUAUUGAGGAUACAGAGUAA